AUGACACUUGCUUGGCUCAGAGAGGCAGCGCUCGUGGCCGCCCAUGCGCACCAAGAAUCCGAGAGCAGCACGAAGGACGUAGCGAAGCCGACACGCUUGGAUCUAUCCUCUCAGAAGCAGUUCCCGCACGUCUCGUGGCAGCGUAUAGAUGACAUCGGUGGGGGCCUGUUCAUCUGUGGCGCAGCUGCUCUGGACAACAAGGCAGAGCUCAGCAGGUUGGGCAUAGGCUGCAUCCUGAAUUGUGGUGGUGAGGACAUCUAUACACGGUCCUACAACUGUGCAGAUGGCACACCCCUCAGCAAGCGCCUCCAGGGAUUCCACGUGGAGGUUCUCGAUGCAGAGGAUGUUGAGCAGCAGGACAUGCGUGCAGCAUGGCAGAAGGCGGCCGGCAUCAUCGACGAAGCCUUGAGACGAGGCGACGGCGUUGUUGUCCACUGCGCCCAGGGGGUGAGCCGCUCAAGCAGCACUUGUAUUGCGUACCUCAUGAUGAAGGAGAAUCUUCCGUUGGAAGGGGCGUUCCGCCGUGUUUUCCAGGCGACCUUGAGAGAACUGCCAUGGAGCGUUUGGAUGCAGAGCUUGCCGAAAGGCGGAGUGACUUGGCAGCUGGAUGGUUCUGAGACUCUUUGGCAUGGUGAGGACGAAGUGCUGCAGAGCAAGGCCGCGGAGCACCGAGCAUUUGCACAAACGACAUGCUUUGUAAAUGUGGUGUACAAACACAACUGGAUCCCCUCCUUUCCUCCUCUGAAGGAGAUGGGAUCGGACCUGUCCUCCGUGACUGUUGCAGGAAAGGGCGGUCUCCAGGUUUCGUCCGGAGUUGGCACAGGGUCCGGCCCGGUUGCCCUGGCACAGAGGGCGCUGCAGGUGAAUUCGGCUGGCCCCACACGCUGGCGAUUGGAGCUUGGCGCCCAAGGUGAGCUGCCAGCGCUGCCCGGCGACCGAGACGGUGUGCUGAGGAUUGCGUGUGGCGAUGUCGUUUUGGCAGUUUUGGCCGCUGGCAGCGUCCCGACGCUGUGGGGCUCCCCGCGGCUGGUGGUCCGUGACGAGCUUGGGGAAGAACUCGUCUUGGAAGGUGAUGACAGAGGACCGACUGCAGACUGGGUUGCAGAGUGGCUGCCGGAGAGGCCCGGUCCAUACGAAGUUUUUGUGCUCUACCCCGGCGUCGGGGAGAACGAGGAGAUGCUUGAUGUAGCCGCCCCAACCUGGCAACUUGUGGCAGCUGGGACUGGCAGGGAUUGGAGUGGUGGAGCCAGUUUUGCGCCGCUGUGCCCGCACUUGAGCCAUCUGGAGUUUGAAAAGGUCGAACUGAAAUGCUGGCAAGAGGCAUCAAAGGGCAGCACCUCCCGUGUCGCUCCGUCGCCAGACCGAAGCAUGGGUGUUGUGAUUGCGGACGUUUUUGUCGAAGAGGUCGUCCAGCUCACCGUUCUCUCGCGCCUCGCCGGUCCCAUCGAGCGCUGGCCGGAGACACUUGAACCGCAGCACGACGAGCUUUACUCGCACAUCAUGCGGCGACGCGGGGGCUUGCAAGCAAAGACAUCGGCAGAGGUGCGCGAGAGCGCUGGCGCCGCAGCGCACUUCCCCUAUACUGAGGGUGGGUUUUGCAGCAGCCCAGCAGCUGUCUACUGGGCGUGGUUCCAGCUGGCCAUUGGCCAGAGGCUUGCAGCUGCCGCCACCGCCUCCAAGAUUUCCGUUUCCGAUGUUCUUGCGGACCCAAGUGCCGCAGGCAUCAUCCGCUUUGCUGAGAAGCUGGGGAGACCUCUCAGUGCUUGCGAGAAAGCGCACCUGGCAGCAAUUCCAGUGAGCCGGAGUUGGUUGCAAGAAGCUUUGCGCUGA